GAUGCAUUCACAGCCAAGCUAAGCUGCCAUUGCACAAAAGCCCUCUCUCUCUCUCUCUAUAUAAACAUGUGAAUAGAAACUUCUUCAAGUCUCUGGGAGAUAGAAGAUUGCGGUCAUUAGAGGCCGUGUGGCCUUUGACUUGUGCUAUUUCUUCAACUCUUCCUGCAAAAUACAAGCCUAUUUGUGGAUGCCUGUGUCUCCAGCCACCACCAUUAAGAAAUCAAUUCUUAAGCUUUUUAAUACCAUCCAUCAGACGCAAUUACAAGAACUUGCUAGUUCCGCCGAGUAUUAGAUUGCGAGAGAGAUGGGUAGAGCUCCUUGCUGCGACAAGGCAAAUGUAAAGAAAGGGCCAUGGUCUCCUGAAGAAGAUGCACAGCUGAAGGAGUACAUAGACAAGCAUGGGACUGGAGGCAAUUGGAUUGCCCUCCCUCAAAAAGCUGGUCUCAAAAGAUGUGGGAAAAGCUGUAGGCUAAGAUGGCUCAACUAUCUCCGACCCAACAUCAAACACGGCGAGUUCUCCGAUCAUGAAGAUAGGAUCAUCUGCAGCCUCUUUGCCAGCAUCGGAAGCAGGUGGUCAGUGAUAGCAUCUCAUCUGCCUGGAAGAACUGAUAACGAUAUUAAGAACUACUGGAACACCAAGCUUAAGAAGAAGAUGAUGAUAAUGAAUCCUUCAGCUCAUCACCAAGCCACCGUUUUACCGGUUCUCCAAACUUCAACGCCAUCUUCAUCCUCGUCAUCAGCAUCUUCACCAUUAUCAUUCACAGAAAGCACCAACUCUUACUGCCACCCUCCUUGUGCUUCUUCAUUCACAGGCGCUGAUCAAUCCAUUUCCUUCUCGUCGGCGAGUUUUUUGAGCGGCCAUUCCUCCUGUGCUUCUGCUGGCUCCUUUUAUCAAACCCAAGAAAGCUUCAUGAGUCCCAUCGAGCUAGUCGCAGCUAGUUGUAACUCUUCUAAUGGGAGCUAUAAUAACAGCAGCCAGAUGAGCCGUGUGAAAGAAUCAGAAGCUGCUGGUUACGGAGUAGAUCAAGGAAGUCUUAUCCAGGAGAUGAUAGCUGCCAAUAAUAACUAUGAUUAUCUGUACAGCAUUGGGAUGGAAAUGGAAGAAACCCAGAAGGUGAUGGUGUGUGAUGGGGACUACGUGAGUGUUGGCUGGACAGAGAAACAAAAUGGACUGUGGCAAGAGAAUAAUCCACCAUUUGAUUAUGGAAUAGAAGAAAUUAAGCAGCUAAUAAGCUCUAGUAGUGGCAACAACUUUUUGUUUGAUGAAAACAUGACACAGAAAAUGGCCAUGUACUACUACUGAUUAGCUUGGACGGUGUUGUUACUUCGAAGUGCUUAAUAAUUAUUACAACUUCUCUUUAA